GGCGACGAUCAGUGGCCAUAAUGUCCCCCGAACAACCCAGAGGGUGUGGAGAUUCCGUUCCGUCAGGUCCGUCCAAGGCUGGGGGGGUUGGGAUGUUUUAUGGACAAGCUCAGACGAUGGAAGGCACGUUUGCUUGGCCAGGCCUCCUCGGAUGACAACCCGAGGCGGGCCCCUCCUUCCCAGAAUCCAAAUCAAGUCUGCAACAAAGACGUCAGCGGCCUCGUGAAGCAAUGAGGUAAGAGGCCAGCCUUGUCAUCGAAAGGGUCCGUCGUGUACCCCCACUCUGAACAAGAAUAAAAUAGCAAACAAUUUCACUUCUUUCCCUUCCGUCUACCACGUCUAUUCUGUUCUCAACUACCAAAGAUCUUUACACCUGAUACCAUUUCUCGAGAUACCCAUCUGUUUACUUGCCACGAGAAAAAGAAAAACAAAAAGAAAGCACAACGCCAAUCCUUGAUACCCACCUUAGCCCAUCAUGGAGACCAUCAACAAGGUCGCCAGCUCUGCUGCCACCACUGCUAGCAACGUUGCCGUUGAAGCUUCCAACCUCGCCGUUGAGGCUUCUAACCUUGCCGCUCAGGCCUCCAAGGCAGCCGUGGACGCCGUUUAUGGAACUGGCCAGUCCCAUGAGGAGCCUAUCUCGGGCAAGACGGGCGAUGUCUCCAAGGGAGAGCCCUACGACGCUGGUAACAUGGAACCCAGCCAAAGCACCGGAGUGGCUGUCGGCGAGAAGAUGGUCCCCGAUCGUACCGUCGCCCAGGACGCUGCUGGCCCUGUGAAGAAGGACGGAACUGAGCCCAAGCCAGCGAACCUGGUCAAGGUACCAGAGGCGGAGAAGGACCACAGCCCACCAACCGUCAACUCUAGGAUUGACAACCACUACAACAUCCCCGAGCACUCUACUGUCAACCCCAAGACCAACGCGUUCCAGGGCCCCGAUAGUAUUACUCCCAAGAUUGACUCUCACUACAACGUCGCCGCGCCCAAGACCACCGCUGUCAAGCCCCUUGACAGCAACACUUCGUUCCCCACGACUACCACCCACACGGCUGACGCUCCCGAGCCCCUGAACGAUACCUUCUCGUCCCACAGGAACAUUCCGGCCGAGCAAUCCACUACCUUCCAGGAUCAGAGCUCCUCCAAGCACGACGUACCCAAGGUCAACCCAGCCGCUACCCAGGAUUCGUCUCUUCAUCCUGGCGACAGUACUCAGGCCCAGAACGACAUUCGUUCCCCGAAUGAUCCUUCUACGCACCCCACUCAUGUAAACGCGAGGGAGAACGUCGAUGACCGUGAUGGUGGCUUGGAUGCCGACGAGAACCCCAACAAGGGCCUUGGCUCUGGCCCCAAGUCUUUAGGAGAAGUUGCCCAGCAGCAUGGCGGAGUUGCUGGCAAGGUCGAGGACGGAGGUGUCAAGGACCCCCAGAACGGCCCCCCCAAGGAGGAGCAGGCCAAGCCGGAGUCGCACCCUAUCCACCAUGCUACUGGCUUUCAGGCAGAUGGCGGCGACUUUGAUGCGGCGGCACCUGGAGCUGGUGUCGACGCUGAUCGCAUUCUCGAGUCAAAGGGAAUCCACAGGGAUGACGCUAAUGGCUCCCUCGUUGGUAACACCGAAGCCCUUGAACAUGACCAGCACGGACAUAAGGACAAGACCAGCUUGAAGCAGAAGAUCAAGGACAAGUUGCACAAGCACUAAGCUGCAUGGUGCUUCCUUACUACAUUGUUCUUUUCUUCUUGACUGCGUACGAUAUCCUUUUCUUUUGUCUGCAGUGUUACGACGUAAUGAUGGCCAAAAUAUUCUUGGGAAGCUUUGGUAGAACAGUCCUUGAUGGACAGCAUGGGUUGAUUUGUCAGUCCACGCAAUGUCGGGUACUCCGAUUAUUCCAAUGACCCUAUCGAUUGAAGACCUUCUUUUCGUGAUGUUCCCUGGUUGUGAUACUCUCGCGC